AUACGGUAAGAGUGCAGCUACCUGCAGCGGAGUCUCAUCAGUAUAUGGUUAACAACGACUGCGGACAACGCAGGGAGACAAUGUCCAAACACCACAGGACGCCCGCUAGAACUGUGGAUAAUAUUAUUGAGGUGAAAAGCAAGUUCGAUGCUGAAUUUAGAAGAUUUGCUCUAAAACGUUCAAGUGUAGGUGGUUUCCAGGAAUUUUACCAGCUGAUUCAAGCCGUCCAUCAGAUCCCCUGCGUGGACGUGUUGUUGGGAUACACCGAUAUCCACGGGGAUUUGUUGCCCAUCAACAACGAUGACAAUUACCACAAAGCGCUCUCAUCUGCCAAUCCUCUACUGCGAGUCAUCAUUCAGAGACGAGCUGAAGGCGACUGCGGAGCAUUUGGAACCAAUUCUCUUCUGCGCAAGAAGAAAGGUCUUCAUGUUCUGCGUCCUGUCCAUCAUAAGUCAAAGCCUCACAUCUUGAUUGGAAUGCCUCAGGAUUUCAGACAAAUUUCUUCCAUUAUUGAUGUAGACAUUCUUCCAGAAACUCAUCGGAGAGUUCGCCUUCACAAACACGGCUCUGACAAACCACUUGGUUUUUAUAUUCGUGAUGGGGUGAGUGUGCGGGUUGCUCCUCAAGGAGUGGAGAAAGUUCCUGGAAUCUUCAUCUCGCGGCUUGUCCGGGGUGGCUUAGCAGAGAGCACAGGCCUCCUCGCAGUCAAUGAUGAAAUACUAGAGGUAAAUGGAAUUGAUGUCGCAGGCAAGUCACUGGACCAGGUGACUGACAUGAUGGUGGCCAACAGUCACAAUCUGAUCAUCACAGUGAAACCAGCAAAUCAACGAAAUAAUGUGAUUCGCAGCAGCAGAGCUUCGGGUAGCUCUGGGGUGUCAACAGACAGUACACCUAGCCAGCACACAUUAACAGGUACUUCCAACUAUAUCAACAAUUACACUACAGCAGAAGGAGAAAGUGAAGAUGAAGGUGAUAUAAUAAUCGAAAAUGACAUGCCAUCAUAUAUACCGAAAACAGUAUUCCCUAAUUAUGUGAAUGGAGACCUAACCAAAAAGCUGCAGCAUAACACCUCUCUAAACAGCCCACUGUUAGAAAACAACGAAAGCAAAUACAAAGGCUCAUUAAACUCUUUGAACACACACAGCGACAAUCCCAGAAAAAUAAGUUCAAGCCAUGGAAAUAUGCGGGAAGAUGGAACAAUGAUCACUCUAUAGAUCUUUUUCUCUUGAUUUUAUCACCUUUUUAACACACACAGUACAUUCAGAAUAACACUUCGAUUUUUGUUGGCUUGACAGGAACCUCAUUUAAGAGACAGGAAUCCGAUUUAUUUUUGACCAGAAAUAUUUGACAAUACAAAAGGAUAUUGGUAAAUAUGAAAGCAGGAAGAUAAAAUUGCAAUCACUUUUUACAUAAAGAAUCUUUCAGAACCAUGCUUCAUAUUAUUUUGGAAAUGAUACAAUGUAUAACUUAGAAUUUCUUAACCACCGAGGUUCUGUUCACUCAUCUUCAUUUUAGGAGCCAACCUCCCAAACUGUUUCGAUGUUUAUAAAACUGAAUUGUACCACUUCACAAAACUGCAAUUGAACCAUGUUGUCUGCAAUUGAAGGCAAAUAAAUGGUCUUGUGAAAUUGCUUAAAAAAAGUGUUUAAAAAUUGAGUUCAAUAACCUCAUACCACAAUACUUGCAUAUUCUGAGGGACCACAUUACUACUGAAGUCCAUUUUUAAAAAGGUUACUCAGUAAUUAUUUCCAUUCCCUAAUUGAGAGCAUUACUUUUUUUCCUAUGGAAAAUGUAAUUCUGAAACUGUGUAUUGAAAUUGCUGUGCAGCACUAGCAAAAUAUUUCAAAGUUGCUGUUCUGCUCCCAGAGUGGAAAAUAGUGUUUUGAAAAUUUAAAUUUCUAGAGAUAUUGCUGUAAAGCAAUUUUUUUUCUGUUCUUGGUGGUAUGAGGGUAUUCUGUAUGUCUAUCUUUUAACCCUACCUGUAUCUUAAGAGACCCUGCUGGCUUUAGUGCUCUUUGUCAUACAUGGUGUAAUUAAUUUACAGUCUAUAUAUCAGAAAGCAAUAUUCAAAAUUUGAGAUCAGUGGGACUAUAGAUCUAAAGGUUUAUUAAGCCAACAUUUUAGAGUAUUUAUGGGUAUAUAGUUAAAUUAAAAUAUUAAUCAAGGAAAUAAUUAAAGUCAAAUUUGUAGCUCAAUUGAUUUAGUUUCUUUGACCUCCAAUUUCAGUUAUAAAUCAGUACAGUAGAAACUCUAAUUGACUGCAACAUUGUCAUCCACUGUGACUUUGUAAUUUGCUUUUACAAUAGUUGGAUUAGAUUGAAUUUAUUGAGGGCCAUGAAAGUAGGAUUUAUUGUUUAAUCAUAAGAAUAGUGGUCUCAUUGGGAAUUUACUUCCCAGAACAACUUUCUAUUCUAUCAACAUUGACGGAUUAUUAACAAUCUUGUAACACAACAGACUGUAAAAGGUUUUUAUAUUAAAACAGACUGCAUUGUGACAAAUUUUCAUUCAUUAAAAAUGGUAGAAAUGCCACAAAUGCUGACCACAUUCAAGCCUGCACAUCUCAGUAAGAAGUGGUAUUUAACAAAUUAAAAAUGGGACUUUCUCCCCUUAUUGGUAGAGAAUAUGAUCAAGAAAUAUCAACUAAUUUUUUUGUCUUCAUCUGCCUACAUAGCCUAAUAUGCUUUAGAUUUAAAUUUAGAAUCCAUUCACUGAUUGGAUUAUGAGCAAUAAUCAAAGUAUUUGCAUCUCUGCACACCUCAAAGCAUUUCACCAGUCUGAAGCACAAUGACUCUGCAGUUUUAGGAAACCUCCUGUGGUUUGGCUCUGCUUUUUCCCAAAACAAAAUGGAGAUUACCAAAAAAUAAAGACUCUUUCCUUAAUACUGAAAAAGGCUUAAGCAUUCAGGGACGAACAUACAUUGAAGAGAAAAUGCAUUCAGGAAUUUAGUUUUAGAUAUUUGUUUAAAUAAAAUGAAUUCACAUUAAUACAUGUUAAUUGUAGGCAGAAUUUGUUUUUAUCAUUACAUUUUAAUUAUUUUAAAUGAGUUUCCUCUCACCAUGCUCUUGAGUCAGCAGGGUUCAACAGCAGUGUAUAAUUAACUUUCCUGAGUUUUUAGACCAUGUAUGCAUUUUUGUCAAUUUGUUAUGCAUCUAAUCUGUUUAGUAGAGAGAUGGGGGCAAUUUUAUCUAACUGAGAAUAUUUUGUAUAAAUUUUUUUAUGAAAUGAGGGCAGUAUUUUUCUUACUUUUUUGUAUUUGACCCCACUCAGUCCUAGGCCUCUACCUGAUUUCCCUUAAACUGUACAAACAUUGUAUUUAUAAUAUUUAACAGAUUAGCAGUCUUGUUGGCUCAGGCUAUAUAAUAUUGUGAAUGUCACAUAGUUGUAUGAUUAUUCAAAUAAAGAUUCUAACACUAA